GAAAAGACAUUAGCUUUCCAAAACUCAGGUAAAAAUGGAUUCUUUUCACGAUGUAAGAGAGCUUCGGGGUAACCAGGGGAGGGAAGAAGAAGAGGGUGUUAUAUUGGUGGAGCUUAUUAGUAUGAUAGUACCACCGGAACUACAAGAUUUACUGAAAGUUAUUACGCCGAAGAUUAGCGCUAGUACGAAUAUACAUGGUGGCUCUACUGGUUUUCAUUCUACCGCUUCUACAGAUUGGGAGAACAAAACUAUCAGUAGAAGGCUGAGCAAUAUUUGGAAAGCACCAAAAGAUUUGCUUGCUGGAUUCAUGUUUAGGGUGGCGCUUCACCAUGAGGUAGCAGACGGUGCGGCUACUAUUAAGGGGUCGCUCUUCUUGUGUUGCCUAUGCCCCUCUAUUAGCAGAACAAAAUGGUAUUACAUCUCCAGGAGGGAAAAGAUGAUGCUUUUUACCAACAUCAGAAAUAAAAUGGCGAGGUGGAAGAGAAAGUUUAUUUUUGUUUGUGACACACGGACGGAGAGGAUGAAUCAUGAGCUCGCUGCCCGUAUAUCUAAGUGGCGUGUGCCAAACAUGUACAUGAACUACCCUCAGCUGACUCCUCGUGAUGUCGACCUGAAAAAUCAAUUGUUGGAUUAUGUGAAGGCUGAGGGAUUAGUAGAUUUAGAAGCCCUGGUUACCCCGGAGCAGCUCACAUUACUUGGGUUUGUCGACGUGGCAAACCUGUAUGCUGAAGGAAAAAUGAGUAGCAUACUAGAGAGACAACAUCAACGAGCACAAAGCUUGAGAAACUGUGGGGCUAGGCGUGCUCGUGAUGACUCGGAUGCAGAGGAUGAUAUUCCACUCAUUCGGAGGAGGACGAGCUCCCGGGCUCAGCCUGUUCCAGUUGUUGCGACGCGGUCUACCAACAUGCUACCGGUGCUGGCACAUGAUGUUGCUGAACUAGCACCUACCUCAACAUCUGUAUCGGGGCCUAGGAUUGCAUACCCUGAGGGCUUCAGUUAUAGCUUAGAGAUGGCGAAUAGAGCUGCGUCAGUAGAGAGUCGAGCUGACGGGUUGUCCCAAAAGGUCAACGAGCUGAAGGAAGAGUUGGAAAAAGCUCAGGCCAAGAGGGAUAGCGGCAUGCAAGCUGCAAAGGAUGAGGCCGUUCGUGCUGAAGACCGGGCCAAAAAAGCUGAAGCAGACAGGGAUAAGGCCCUUUAUGGGCUGAACUCCCUAAAUGAUAGGCGCUUUGUUUGUAUUGCCCGGCCACAAGGGGCAGAGUGGCUAGUUGGAGCUGAGAUGUUCCAAGAUGCAGUGGCGAUCGCCUCAACGAAUACCACCACGGCUAUCUACAAUGAAAUUCGUGGGGAAGAGAUGGACGAGCAAGGCAAAAGCCUCACCCCUCAUGCUGAUGCUACAGUGAAGUUGAGGUGGGAACUUAACGAAGGAGUGCUAGUGUGGCCUCCAUCAAUUGUGGAAGAGGGGGAGGAUACCGAGGGCUUGCCAAGCUUUGACGCUUGGGUGGCAGAGCCCCUUGAGGUAGAGGCUGAACUAUCAAGCAUUCCCCCUUCAUUUUAGCCCAUCGUCGCUCCAGCUCUCCUUUCUCUGGUUCAUUCUACUCCAGCUUGGUCAUCUCCUGCUCGACCUACUAUUGCGCCUGCUAACGCGUCCAUCCUUAUCGAUCUGACGGAUGAUUAGUUUAGGAUUAUUUCUUUUCUUUUGUACUUUUGUAUUGGUCAUUUGACUCAUUUAUUAUUUAGAUCGUUGUCUCCUAUACUUCAAGUGCAAAUUUCGAAUAGAAAUAAAAAUUUGGAGAUUUU